AUGACGCGCAAACUCUGCCUCGGCUUGCGCAAAGCGCGGUGCGGCGAGAAGAGGCAGAGAGAGCGAGCGAGGGAGAGGGAGAGCCCGUCAGAGGGCGAAAUGGAGACUCUCCUCAGGCGAGAGAUGGCGAAGAAGGGCGACGUGGAGAUGAGUCUACAUGUAUCGCCCUCGCUGGUGAGGCAGAUGGAGAUGGAUGAUGGUGGAUGGGGGCCAGGGUGGGAAGAGGAGCGAAGAGCCAGCCAGCAGGGGACGGCCACGCGAGACCUGCAGACCAGCCAAGGAAGACGCAGAGAAGAGAUGAAGACAGCAGAGAAAAAGAGUAACAACUGA